AUGGUCGAAAGCAAUGAAGAAUCGAUCCUCAUCAGAGACUUGUUCAAAAGCUACAACAAGAAUAUUCGCCCAGUGGUUCACCCUGAAGACAAAGUGACGGUUCACAUCAUGCUGACCCUCACCAACCUGAUCUCACUGAAUGAAAAGGAGGAGACUCUUACCACCAAUGUAUGGCUUGAGAUUCAAUGGUCUGACCCCCGCCUUGCCUGGAACACAAGUGACUACUUUGGCAUUGAUAUAAUCCGUGUCCCAUGCACCACUGUUUGGCUCCCUGACAUAGUUCUUGAAAACAACAUUGAUGGCAAGUUUGAUGUGGCCUACUAUGCCAACGUGCUGAUCACAUACGAUGGUUGGAUGUACUGGCUUCCUCCUGCUAUCUAUCGCAGUACUUGUGCCAUCGAAAUCACCUAUUUCCCAUUUGAUUAUCAAAACUGCACGCUAGUGUUCAGAUCGCAGACGUACAGUGCAAAUGAAGUGGAUCUCAUCUUGAAUGCGGACGAAGGCCAGACAAUUGAGUGGGUGUACAUCGACCCUGCGGCUUUUACUGAGAAUGGUGAGUGGGCCAUUGUUCACCGUCCUGGCAGGAAAAUGAUCAACAAAAAGUAUUCCCCAGAUGACCUCGAGUAUCAGGAGAUCGUAUACAACCUGAUCAUCCAAAGAAAGCCCCUCUUUUACGUCAUUAACAUUGUACUGCCUUGCUCCCUCAUCUCUUCGCUGGUUGUAUUGGCCUACUUCCUGCCUGCACAAGCUGGAGGACAGAAAUUGACAGUGUCCAUCUCUGUCUUGCUGGCCCAGACUGUCUUCCUCUUUCUUAUUGCUCAGAAGGUUCCUGAGACCUCUCUGUCUGUCCCUCUUAUUGGCAAGUAUCUAAUCUUUGUUAUGAGUGUCACCACACUUAUUGCGACAAAUCAGAUUGUGGUGCUGAACUUCUCGCUGCGCAGUCCCAGCACUCACACCAUGUCCAAUACUAUUAAACACUUGUUUCUCGAAAUGAUACCUCGCUUCUUAGGCAUGUCCCCGCUGGUGGAUGACAGCGAGGAGACGACAGAGGUCAACGGGGUGAGGGAGCGGCGGCGAAGCUCCUUCGGCCUCAUGCAGAGAGCCGAGGAAUAUGUGCUGAAACAACCUCGCAGUGAAAUGCUGUUCGACAAACAGAGAGAGAGGCACGGCCUCACGCGUUCUAUUGUGGACAGUAUUGAUGUCAGCAGCACAGCCAACCUGUAUAAGAGUUUAGCUCAAGCUGCACCCGAGAUCAAGCAAUGUGUGGAUGCCUGCAACUUCAUCGCUGAGAGUACGAGACAACAAAAUGACAUUGGAUCAGAAAUUGAAAGCUGGGUACUGAUCGGGAAGAUGAUUGACAAGGUGUGUUUCUGGGCUGCCAUUCUUCUCUUCAUCAUUGGAACAGUAUGGAUCUUCCUCACAGGACACUUUAACAGAGCUCCAGAAUUUCCAUUUCCUGGACAGAAUAAAAAGUAUUCUCCGAGUUAAACAAAAGAGAAUACUUGUUGAAACAUUUCCAAGGUUCUUCACUGUGCCUCAUGCUGUCUAUAAUAGUGAGCAGUGUAGCUCAGUCAUUCCCAGGCUUAAAGUCAGGGCUGAGUUGAGUCUUUGUAGCAGCAGGGCUUUAAUGACAACAAAUCUCUUUGUGUUCAUUAUAAUGCCCGGACUUGUGAUCAGCACUUGCCAGGCAUUUGAAGGUUUUUCAGUCAUACUUGCAACUUGGUUUAAGGUUUGCCAGCUUGGUAUAAAUUAAUUGUACUUAUUAGACCAGAUGAUGUUUUAAAUAAUCUUUAGAACAAAUGCUGUCAUAAUUCUCAUAACAACAAAACAUUGUUGUUGUUGUUGUUUUGUUUUGUUUUUUAUUUCAUGGUUUAAAAAACGGUGAGUUUAGGCGAUUCCAGUUUUAAGAUCAAGGUUAAAAAUAAUGAAUGAAUUCUCUACCAUAGAGUACAGAUUGCUGUGCAAAGAAUUUCAAAUCAAAACUAGCAAUUACACCUUUAAAAAUACUCAUAAUCUGAAAAAAGCAUUUAUUUACAUGUUAUGUGUUGAGGUUUACCACCUGUCAUGGACUUGUGAGACUCUGUGUAUUUCACUGGACGGCAGUUCCUGCUCAAGUCUGUGUAUAUGCCUCCCUGCAUGUUCUAUGUCUUACGUUAAACAAACCAACUUAACAUGAGCCAGCCAUGUUUCGAUCAAAGCCUAGUCUUCUUACUAUGACUUUUUUAUUGGGGAGUCGUGUUUGCGAUAGAUUGUGUGGUAGGAUAUUGCCUUGGUAUCAUUAUGCCAUUUCUUUAUU